GUGUUUUUGAGUUACAAUUUAAUCAUAAUGAUUGAUCUUCUUGAGCUAAAUUCAACCUCUUUUCUCUUUUUAUUACUCCUUCCAUUAACUUUCUUCUUCUUCAAAUCCAUAAUCUCCAUUAUUAUUUCUUUGAUCAAACAACCCUCAACAAAUAAAUAUGCUCCGAGAUCAUACCCUUUGAUCGGAUCAGUAUUCGCUAUACUACGAAACAAACACCGGUUCAUCCAAUGGACAUCCGACGUUGUCAACAACAGCCCGACAAAAACCAUGAUGCUACACCGCCCUCUAGGCAGUGUCCGUGUCAUCACCUCUAACCCUGACGUGGUUCGCCACAUGCUCAAAACCAACUUCCACCUGUACCCGAAAGGCGAGCCAGCUAGAAACAUUGGCUAUGAUUUACUUGGAGAAGGCAUUUUCAAUAUUGAUGGUGAGGAGUGGAAGUUUCAGAGACAACUUUCGAGUCACGAAUUUAAUACGAAGUCUCUAAAGAAUUUCGUCGAACACGUUGUAGGCACCGAGCUCAACGAUCGUCUAUUGCCAAUUUUAACAGCCUCUGCAGCUACGAAAACUACGAUUCUUGACUUCCAAGAUAUACUACAAAGAUUUGCGUUUGAUAAUAUAUGCAAAAUUGCAUUCGGAUAUGAUCCUGCUUAUUUAACUCCUUCACUUCCUGAAGCUAUAUUUGCUACUGCUUUUGAAGAAGCUGUUCUGAUCACAACAGGCAGGAUUCGCUCUAAUCUUCCGUUGAUUUGGAAACUUAAGCGCUUUCUCAACGUUGGUUCGGAGAAACGACUUCGUGACGCUGUCGUUAUCAUUCGAGAAUUCGCUAAUAAAGUCACCAGAGAAAAAAAGAUGCAACUCCAAGGAAAAUCGUCUCUUGAUUCGGUUGACUUACUUCAUCGGUUUCUAGUAUCGGGUCAUUCUGAUGAAAACUUUGUUGCUGAUAUUGUUAUCAGCUUUGUACUAGCCGGAAGAGAUACCACGUCCGCUGCGCUGACGUGGUUCUUCUGGCUAGUUUACAAAAAUCCUAGAGUCGAAAAAGAGAUUUUAAAAGAGAUGGUAAAUGAGAAAAAAGAAAGCUCGGUUUACGAAGAAGUGAAAGAUAUGGUUUACACCCAUGCUGCCCUAUGCGAAAGCAUGAGAUUGUAUCCUCCUGUGCCGUUAAACGGGAAACAAGCUGCAAAAGAUGACGUUUUGCCCGACGGAACUUUCGUUAAAAAAGGAUGUCCCAUUACAUAUCAUGUUUAUGCAAUGGGAUGGUCUGAGGAUAUCUGGGGCCCUGACGUCACGGAGUUUAGGCCGGAGAGGUGGUUAACGAGAGAUCUUGAUUCGGGUCGUUGGGUGUUUAAACCAAAGGAUGUGUUUAAGUAUCCGGUGUUCCAAGCUGGGCCGCGAGUUUGUUUGGGGAAAGAGAUGGCAUUUUUGCAGAUGAAGAGAGUCGUGGCCGGUGUUUUGAAAAGUUUUAAGCUCGUUCCGGUUAUGGAUAACCGCGUUGAGCCGGUUUACUUUGCUUCUUUCACGGCUAAGAUGAAAGAUGGAUUUCCUGUACGGAUUGAAAAACGGGACGGGUAAGAUGAUCUGCUAGUGAUCCAAAUGUUUGUAUAAGUAUUACUAGUAUAUGUUUGUAGAUCCUUUAUUAAUUACUAAUUCAUAUUAAAGAUUUGUAUGUUUGUAUAAAUGUUGUGUGAUUGUGUUGUACAUGUACGUACGUACGUAUUCCUUUUCUAAUAAUGUAAAUAUUAAAAUGUAAGUUCUGUUUAA